GUCUAGACUCCACCUGACUCAACACUGCCCAUGAGUCGUGUGCGUGUGAGGUCAAUAAAUUCACAGGAUUUGCACGCUCUAUGAAUAGUCGGCAAACAGCUGAUGUCGAGCUCGAGAAAUGAAAGUGAAACUCGGUAGCUAGUUUCAUAGAUACAUCCCUGAAGUCGACCUAACGGGUUGCAUUUUAUUGCACCACUCAAUGAUGUCGGGACCAUGGGGUCAAGCAAUUCGUAUGCAGCAAGACGCUCGACUGAUCCGUGCUGUUCAAGAGAACGUGGAAGACAUAAUAACUCGGUUUCCCACCAGACAGAAUAUUCUUGACUUCUUCCCUCAUAGAUUGUUUGGUGGUUUACCCAUUGACUAUAACCACGAUGAAUAUUUGGAUUGCGAUUAUUAUGAUGACGAUGACGAUGAAGAGGAGUAUUACUAUGAUGUUGACCAAAACACCCACAGUCACAGAGAACAAAUAAACACAUUUUCAGGGCACAGUGCUCAAAGUCGUCUAACACCCCACCCACGUAUUAAGCAGUUGACCUCUGAGGAAGCUGAGAAACAUGCAAAAGCCUUAUUGGAAGAAGAGAACAGACUUAAAGAAAAAGCUGAGAAGAAAAGACUAAAGAAAUUGCGUCAAAGAGAAAGAAAACAGUUAAAAAAGAAGAAUGCUGAUAAAUUACCUGACUCAGUGGCACAAGGUUUGUCCACUUCCUCACCUGAAAAGAAAGAAUAUAUAAAAAAUCUAGUUUUAAAUGAAACAAAAGAAUAUUUUGUCGGACUUGGUCCAGACUCACCCAAGACAGAUGUCACUUUAAGUGAGGAGAGACAUCUUGGUGAAGAUAAUGAGGGUGAGAGGAGAGAGGAAGAAUUCUUGUCCUCAGAACCAGAGGAACUUGAUAUGAAGAGCAGUUUCAUCUCUACUGCUGCUGCUAUUGCUAAGAAGCAGCUUGGUCAGAGAAAACUGAGAAAUAAUCCAAUUAUUCAUCACCCUGUUCAUCAAGUGGAGGACAACAGGCCCAAGAUGAAUGGGCAGCAAGUUGAUAUUGAACAGGAAAAGGUGAAGGAGGUUGAUGUUAUUCAGAGAAGCAUCGAUCUUGCCAAUACUGGAAAUCAGUUUGCUGCCUGUGGACAACUUGAUGUGGCUGUGAAAUAUUUCACUAGUGCAAUAAAAUAUAACCCUACAGAGUACAAGUUGUUUGGAAACCGAUCGUUUUGUUACGAGAGGCUGCAGCAGUUUGAUCUGGCGCUGGUGGAUGCUGACCUGUCCCUGGGCAUGAACCCUGGCUGGAUUAAAGGCCUGUUCAGGAAGGGGAAGGCCCUGUCCGGGCUGCAGAGGUAUUACGAGGCAGCGUUGACCUAUCAGGAGGUUUUGCAGCAGGACAGCUCUUCUGUGGAUGCCUCCCAGGAGCUGAGGAAAGUCCAUAUCCUGCAACUCAUGGAAAUGGGAUUUACACAUGAGAAAAGUAUAGAAGCGCUGAAGGCCCACCCCAGCUUUGAGGAAGCUGUGGAUGCGCUCUCAGGGAUCGAAGGUGAACCAGACAGUUGCAACCCCCCCGAGCGGACAGCAGACGAGGAAGAGUGGGUGGUCACCCAGCGGGGAGCCCAUACCAGGAACACAUACAGAGCCUCUGCCUCAUCCCCGGCCCCGGCCUUAGCCCCGGCAGUAGCUGGGCGGAGACCCACCAAACCAGCCAGUGCUGCCACAUCAGAGCUGUUUCCUGUCUGGGUGGGGUCCGUGGUGUCGACCAUCACCGAACAGAUGUUGCACAGACUGUUCAGCAGGGCUGGGGAAGUGUUCAGCAUCAAGAUGAUGCCACAGGUCCAGUGUGCGUUUGUCCACUACACCAAUAAGCAGGACUGUAAGACAGCUAUUGAGCUGCUGCAUGGUUUCCUAGUAGAGGGAGUGUCUCUGGCUGUGCGUCACCCAAACAAGAUCCACCCAAAUCUGGGUGUGUCCAGAAAUGCGGCCACAGACCCCAAUAUAACCAGGGUUUGCACCAGGAGGAACAGUUCCCCCCUCGUCAUCCCAAACAACAGGGCCAAGUAGAGUGCCAACGACACAAACUACAAACAUUUUCAAAUCUCAGCUCCGGCAAUUUGUUGUUUUAUAUUUAAUUGUUUUAAAUGCCUACUGUUUUUAUGUUGGGCUGUGACUGCUGUGUCUUUGCUACUCAAGACGUAAAUAACAUUAUGUUGCCACUUACUGGUUCACUAGUUUUACAUUGUCUGUUUUGGGUUUUUACUAUUGGGUCAGUCUGUUUUUGAAAUGUUUAAGUUAAGUUGUUGUUUCAAAUGAGCCAGGGAGCUGUACUAAUAAGUCACCACUAGGUGGCGUCGUUAACAGCUGAGAGCCCAACACUGGGAUAUGUUGACCUGUUGCCUUCCUCUGCUUCCUCGGGUGUGUUUGUGGCCCUCCAAUCUUCAUCUGUGAUUUCCACAAACACUGUUCAAGAUUAUUAAACAGAUUAUGCUGUUAAAA